UUCUGAUUUGGAAAAAAGAGGCAGAGAUUUUCCUUGUUACAGACUGUAUACCAAAUACAAGAGAAUGGUAAUGGGAUAGUAGUUUUUGACACAUCUUUCCAAAUUAAACAUUUUUAUCACUUUGAAGUGCUUUUCGGAAGAGUACCGUAGCAUCUUACGUAUCAUGAAGUGGUGUCUUUUGGUUUCUCCUGGAUACAGUGUGGAGCAUGGCAUGCCUUCAGGUCCUUCCCUACCUGCAGUCAAGUAUCCUUGGGUACCACCUGGUGUAAUAUGCUCCUAGCUGACAGCUGAGCCCCUUGGACACAUUUUGGAUGAGCUUCUUGUUCCCCAAGUGUAGAUUUUGAACUAGGGAUGUAUUUAGGUUCUCAUGUAGUAUUCUUUUUGUAAAUCAUUCUAAACUUUUUGGGUAGUUUGGAACUAACCAGUGACAAGGCAAUCUUCCAGAUAAGCACUUCCCCAACUCAAGCCUUGGAUCUCCCAAGAUGAUGCUUGAUUGUCUAGGGUCAUGCAUUACAAUUGAUUUAUGCUGGCUUUCAAGACAUGCCAAACGACAUGGCAGGUGUUGGGUUCUCCUCCUGAUGGUGAUGGCCGUGCUAUUUCUGUGCAGCCCAAAGGUCGCCCUAAGUGUUGAGCACAUUGGUAGAAAUGAGCGGACGGAGUGUCCUUUCUACACGUGGGCACUUCACUUUGUCAGCAAAAAAAGGCUAAUAAACUUUACUGUAUAUUUGUGCUUCUUGACAGAUAGAAUGGGAAUUACUAAGCUGUUAUCAGGGGUAAAGUGGCCUUUCUCACUUCUCCAUCACAAUUAUUUGGCUAGCCUCGGCAUGCAGCAUUCUUUGCAGUUCCUGAUCCUUUAAUGCCUGACCCUUCCAAGCAACCAAAGAACCAGCUUAAUCCUAUUGGCUCAUUACAGGAAUUGGCCAUUCAUCAUGGUUGGAGACUUCCCGAAUACACCCUUUCCCAGGAGGGAGGACCUGCCCAUAAGAGGGAGUACACCACAAUUUGCAGGCUAGAGUCAUUUAUGGAAACUGGAAAGGGGGCAUCCAAAAAACAAGCCAAGAGAAAUGCUGCUGAGAAAUUUCUUGCCAAAUUUAGUAAUAUUUCUCCAGAGAACCACAUUUCUUUAACCAAUGUAGUAGGACAUUCUUUAGGAUGUACUUGGCACUCCUUGAGGAAUUCCCCUGGUGAAAAGAUCAACUUACUGAAGAGAAGUCUCCUGAGUCUCCCAAAUACAGAUUAUAUCCAGCUGCUCAGUGACAUUGCCAAAGAACAAGGUUUUAAUAUCACAUAUUUGGACAUAGAAGAACUGAGUGCCAAUGGACACUACCAAUGUCUGGCUGAACUGUCUACCAGUCCCAUCACAGUCUGCCAUGGCUCGGGCAUCUCCUGUGGCAAUGCACAAAGUGAUGCAGCUCACAACGCUUUGCAGUAUCUAAAGAUAAUAGCAGAAAGAAAGUAAACCUGGGGCAACUCGGGAAAUCCUUCAGCACUACACAGAAAGUUCCUCCCUCAGCCCUCCCCGAGUGAAACAUUUAUUGUAAUGUUUGAGUUUUUGUGCUGUUUCUAAAUCUCUUCAUAGGUCCCAUCAACACUCCAGAUUUAAUUAUCUCCUGGUAGUCAUCAUUCAGGUCUUUUUAAUGGCUUCAACUUUGUAUUGGUAUAUUGUAUUUAUAAACUUUGUACCAUAAGGCAGAGUGUAGCACCCAUUUUACAGUGCCAUGCACAUAGGAGGAAGAAACUGCAUGUUUGACGAUGAUGAUGAUGAGAAUGAUGUUGAUGAUGAUGAAAUAAAACAGUGCUAGCGACCGGCUUUCUUACUGGUGCUUCAGCUCUUCUUUGCCUAGGGCUUCAGAAACGGGAUUGUAAGGAAUCCCUUUAGAAUAAGAGUGUCAAGGGACUGCACAACAGUCUUUAUUGGAUGUGAUUGUUGAAAAUCAGGGAACUGAUUAGUCUGCUGUGUAUUUGGACCUAUGUAAUAAAGAGCUGUUGUUACAAUG